GAAAAUCACGGAGCUGGGACCUUACCACCUCUCUUUCUCUCUCUCUCUCUCUCGCUGGCCGUCAGCGGACUCCUUUCUUUUGCACACGUCUUUCCCUGAAAUGUGUGUGUGCGUGAAAGGGAGAGGAGGAAUAAAGUGUGUGCGCGCGUGUGAGGGUACAUGUCCGGAGCGAGUAAAGGCAGGGGGAUUAUUCGGCGCUAUCGAAAUAUUUCAACACGUCGCUUUCGCUGCAGGACUGAAGCCAAUAAGAGGGAACCCAUUUUAACAGGAAUGCCGAUAUUGUAAACAGCAGCAGAAGAGAAGGAAUGCACCGCAGUCAAUUAAGUGACUCACCUCACUCGGUUUAAUUCGACUAAUGUCCGAAAGACGCAGAAAGUUGUCCAAUGCGCGUUAACCUCCGAAGAAAAUCGGCCUGGCAGCACUCUUGAAGAUUAAUGGAGAGCACUUGUACAUUUCACUUUGCAGACUUUUGACCAACGAUUCGGCAAAUGACUGCAGAGAUUUCCCGGCAACUUGGGAAAAAAUAGUGGAUGCUUGUUCCCGUCGAGUUCAAGGAGGAAUUUCCAAAAAGCUUUCCAACUCCAGAUUUGUUUUGAUUUUUGCUUCUUAUUUUGCCAUCAUUUGGCUCUGUCAUACGCGAGCCUUAGUGUUCUAAGAAGUAUUGCUUUCAAUCCAGCCAGUCGUCUACGUUUGUUGCCUGCUCUUGGAUGAACUUCCUGAUGAGAGAUCCAGUCAUACAAGGAUCAAGUAUGGCAUAUCAUCCGUUUAUACCUCACCGGGGUCCGGAAUUUGCCAUGAGUGCGAUGCUGGGUCACCAGCCUCCCUUCUUCCCGGCCCUGGCUCUCCCUCCCAGCGGCUCCCUCUCUUUGCCGGGAGCCCUUGGAAAGCCGAUCAUGGACCAGCUGAUGGGAGCCGCGGAGACCGGCCUCCACUUCUCCUCGCUGGGACAUCAGGCUGCUGCCGCCCACCUCAGGCCUCUGAAGACUUUGGAGCCUGAAGAAGAGGUGGAGGACGACCCAAAAGUUCACUUGGAAGCCAAGGAGCUUUGGGAACUCUUCCACAAGAAGGGCACUGAGAUGGUGAUCACAAAAUCCGGAAGGCGGAUGUUCCCUCCGUUCAAAGUGAGGUGCACUGGUCUGGACAAGAAGGCAAAGUACAUACUCUUGAUGGAUAUAGUUGCAGCCGACGACUGCAGGUACAAAUUUCAUAACUCCCGCUGGAUGGUGGCAGGAAAGGCCGACCCCGAAAUGCCAAAGAGGAUGUACAUUCACCCGGACAGUCCGGCUACUGGUGAACAGUGGAUGUCAAAAGUCGUCAAUUUUCACAAACUCAAGCUGACAAAUAACAUCUCUGACAAGCAUGGAUUUGUAAGUUCAACUAAUACCAUUCUUAACUCGAUGCACAAAUAUCAGCCCCGGUUUCACAUUGUGAGGGCCAACGAUAUUCUCAAACUCCCGUACAGUACCUUCAGGACUUAUGUUUUUCCUGAAACGGAUUUCAUUGCUGUGACCGCUUAUCAAAAUGACAAGAUAACGCAGCUGAAAAUCGACCAUAAUCCAUUUGCUAAAGGAUUCCGUGACACGGGCAAUGGGAGAAGGGAAAAGAGGAAACAGCUGGCCCUGCAAUCCAUGCGUUCCUACGAGGAGCAUCAGAAAAAGGAAAACGGGGCUUCAGACGACUCCUCUGGAGAGCAGCCUUCUUUUAAGUGUUUCGGCCAGGCCUCGUCCCCUGCAGUGUCUACAGUGGGCCCCCCACACCUGAAAGACUUCUGCGACAGCGAUGAGGAUAGCGACGACGAGAGCAAAGAUGGACACAAUAAAGAUGGUCCGGACUCCAGCAAGAUUUCCACCACCACAGAGGACGGGAAGGAUCACGAAGCGAGUCCAGCUAAAGGGCAUCCGUUCAGUAACAGUGACUCUACUAGUAGGACCCGCGAAAGCGGUCCCAGGACUGAGAAAAGCCAGGCAGACUCACGGCAGAGCCCCAUCACUGUUAUCUCCAGUACCACCCGCUCUGGAGAAGAACUCAAGAGCCCGAACCAGGACCAUCCCAAAACGGACGAAUGUAGGUCAAUAAGCAAGGACAGUUUCAUGCCUUUGACCGUUCAGACUGACAGCGCACACAUAGGUCACAGCCACCUGCAUAAUUUUGGAUUUCCUACAGGCCUAACAGGACAACAGUUUUUUAAUCACCUAGGGAGCGCGCAUCCGUUUCUCUUGCACCCCAGUCAGUUCAACAUGGGGGGCGCAUUCUCAAACAUGGCCGCAGGCAUGGGACCACUAUUGACAGCCGUGUCCACGGGAGGGGUGAGCACCAUGGACACAGCUAGUAUGGCAUCACCUCCGCAAAGCUUGACGGGGGCGCCAGGUCUGCCCUUUCAUCUGCAGCAACACGUCUUGGCAUCACAGGGCAUUGCCAUGUCUCCCUUUGGCAAUUUAUUCCCUUAUCCGUACACGUACAUGGCAGCAGCCGCGGCAGCCUCGUCUGCUGCCUCCUCCACAGUGCACCGACACCCUUUCCUGAACGCAGUCCGUCCCCGACUCAGGUACAGCCCCUACUCUCUCCCGAUGACGGUACCGGACAGCACGCUGCUCACCACUGCCAUGCCCUCCAUGGCCAGCGGCGGGGCCGAGCUGAAAGGGGAAGGCAUCGUACCAGCGAGCCCAGUGUCCGCUGUCACCCUGGAUUCCACGUCGGAAGUUACCAGUCAUUCGUCCACAAUAUCCUCCGGAUCGGUCUCCAUGUCCCCAAAGACUUGCACGGAGAAAGACGCGGCCAACGAGCUUCAGAGCAUUCAGCGCCUGGUCAGUGGACUCGACUCAAACCAAGACAGGCCACGGAGCGGGUCCCCCUAGGAUUUUUUUUGUUUGUUUUCAAAUCUGCUUCUUAUGGGGUGUUUUGUUGUCUUGAAAAGAGAAACACAUCGACACAUUGAAGGUGAUGACAUCACUGACCCUCGUAGACUAAUGCAGGGUUGUUGUUUUUUAAAGAAAAGCUCAAACCGUGAACUGUUGGACCUUUUUCGUUUCUGAAAUGCACUUUGUUUAAUAAUCAUCUGAUCUGUAUAUUUCUUUCUCUUGCUCUUCUUUUUUUUUUGUUAAAUUAAACAUCACUCGUAUCCUGUCAUAUGAAUACCGUACAAGUAUUGAAACUGAAUCGCUGGCAUGGGUGUGACUUACAGAUUU